GCCGAAGGCGUCGACGGAGCGCGGCUGGAAGCGGAAGGAGGAGGAGGAGGACGGGGAGCUGGAGCCGGUGAGGAGGCGCAUCAUGUGCUGGUGCGUGGGCGGGCCAUGGAACCACCACUCGAGGUCGGGGGCGAGGAGGGAGUGCACGGCGGCGUGGUCGCGGCCGUUGAGCGCCUCGUAGAGGCGGAGCACGAGGAAUUUGUUGCGCUGCUCCUCGGUCUCGUGCCCGCGCAGGGAGGCGGCGCCGCCCUCCAGCUGAUCCAGGUUGGCCAGCUCUUCCCGAGGUUUCCGGCCGCUCCUCCUGAUGAAGACGAGGAAGAACAAGACGAGGACGGCGGCUUAAACUCCUGUCGGAGACGAAGAAGAAGACGGCGACGGCGGCUUAACCUCCUGUCGGAGAGGAAGAAGAAUACGGCGACGGCGACGGCUUGA